UCAAAAUACCAUAAUAUAGCUGUACACACAAGCUAAAAAGAUAAAAGCGACCCCAGGACAAAUAAUACGUUUUUUCCUUUUUUGAAUAAAUAUUGUGCUAAGAUUACUCGACGUAUAAAGUCUUUAACAAGAAGAAGUUCUUAAUAAUGUCUUGCUGAUAUCUACGGUUUAUCUCGGACCGACGUAUCACACAACGAAAUCAGAGCGAGCAGCUCAAAGCAAACAGGCCAAAGUGCACAGCCCUAAUGAUGAGCUCAGUGUAACACACGCGCACAGAACUCUAGAACCUGUCACAGCUACGUGGUAAAGACCUGCCCGGUGAAAUUCUUUAUCAAGGGGUAACAGGACAGCAUCCGGAAAUCGUGGAAUAAAACGAACGUUCCUUCAACUUAAUAACUCAGGCCCCAUUACAUAAUUCCGUCGUCAAGCUACGAGUUGAGAAUCGAAGAUGACUUCAAACCGAAGCAAAUCCACGUCGUCCUCAGAGAAUGGCAUGCCGGGAUCCCUAGUGUCCACAGUCGCGUUUUUGCCGCACAAGACUGGAAAAGAGAAACAACGCGCCUCAAAUUCUAAAUCUUGCCUCGUUAAGGUUGCUCUUGCGGCCUUGCCAAUACUCCUUCUGUUAGCAUUGGUUAUUGUUCUCGUGAUUCUCUUGACUAGUGGUGAUAAAAGAGACGAUCCAAAGACCAACGGUCUUCGUGCUGGUUGUAGCUACUCUGAAGAAGCCAAGCGCAUUGGUUUGAAUGUAUACCUCGAAGAACUUUUCCAUAAACACUAUGAACUAAUGCCGGAGAAGAUAGGGUCGAAAAGGAAGGUGACUUUCGAUGAGAUUACGAAACAUUAUCGACCUUAUGAUCCAAGUCCGAGUGCUGUCAAGAACUUCACCGAUGAAGUUCGAAGGCUGUACGAGAAGAUGAAAGAGAUCAUCGGAAAGUCGAAUGGAUCACGUUUGAAAUUACGUGAAAACAAAGCUAUGUAUUUGGCACAAUAUUUGCUGAAGCAUUCCUUCGACUGGGGUCCUUACGAGCGAGAUUAUUACACGGGUGACUGGAUGUUUGAGCCAAAUUUGUAUUGUUGGCAGCCAAUUUGCGGUGUGCUUGAAAACUUUUUUAAGGUGAUACCCUAUUUCAAGCCCGGUAAUCUCCCACAAUUGAAACGGCUUGAAGAACUCUUUGAGAAACACAACGAAACAAUUUCACGAUACAUUGAAAAUCUGAAGCUGGGCGUGGCAACUGGAAUAGUCCGCUCCGUGGAGUCUUGCAAAGCUGGGAUUAUUGCAAUUAAGAGAAAUUAUUAUCAAUUUGCUGUGCACAACGAGACAGGAAUUUUCAACGAGCAAUUAGGGAAAAAAGUCCUCUCAGAAGGAUUCACCUCAAAAAUCACGCCCGAAAUGAACGCCACGUGGUACGAGACAAGAGGCGAAGGCGUAUACCAGUCCCUCCGACGAUUUCUGUUGGUUUACUUGGGCGAACCGCUGACAAGACUUAUACGAUACCUUGAAGAGGAACAUAUCAAAUAUUGUUACGAUGGUGCAACGGGAAUAGCGAAAUUACCCUUAAAUGCCGUAUACGCCGAUGGCGUUCGUGAUCCAUCUCGCCCGACUACUGGAAGCUUACCGAAUGGAGACAAAUUCAAUGCAAGUACUUCGUACAAAAGACUAUUGUCAUUUUUCACCAGUACCUCCAUUUCUCCAGAUAAGUUGAGAGCGAUGGGUUACAAAAAACUCGAAGCUUUACUCAGCGAGGUAAAGAAUCUUGCGAAGCAAUAUACCGGAAUCAAGGACGAAGGCCGGGCUGUCGUCAAGUUCAGGGAAGUUCUCAUAUCACGUGACAUGUUCUUUAACCGCGAUUCUUUCCCCAUUAAUGAGUCUGGGGAUGAAGCAUAUAUGAAAUGCACUGACACUGAGGGAGCGCGCGCGUUUUGCCCUAUGCGCUGGAAAGCGCUACAGAAGUGGAUCAACUACACAAAACACGUUGCUCAAGUUCUGACACCCAAGAUAAAAAAUCUCUUCUACGAUUCCAAUUCGAAGAAAACGACACCAUCUUGUGGUAUUUCUGUAAAAGGCGACUACAAGCCUGGUGUUUGUUUCCAUGGUUACGAAAUGGGUUGCCCAGCGAGCCAGACACUGCCGUUCUUUAUGAACGAUUUUGGGCCAAAAUACACAGAGUUUACGACGACAUCUCAUGAACAGCUUCCAGGACAUCAUUUGGAGGUCCAAGGUUUUAACGAGAAUUUUCAAGAUCUUUGUGGGGAUGCAAUAUCCUGGAUAUCUGCUGAAAACUACAUUCCUCCUUUCACCGAGGGAUGGGCAACCUACGUCGAACAUCCUUUGAUGGCCAAAGAUACGAAUUCCUACGUCAAUGUAUUGGAUAAGAACAUUUUGUUGCAGAAAUAUGGGAUGAUGAAAUAUCAGAUCCUCGCUGCCCUACGAUCUGUUUUGGACAGUGGCGUUAAUUACUUCGGAAUGACGCGCGAGGAGGCCACCAACCUUUACGCGCAGUACGCUUGGGACGAAAGUGACCUGGCCGUCAAGGAUAUCACGCGGUUCCAAAAUACUCCAGCAAUUGCCAUGAGCUACAUGAUUGGCCACGAGACGUUCGUCAAAUUGAGGCAACAGGCCCAAAGAGAACUGGGUGAGAGUUUCUCGAUGAAAGAGUUUCACUACCAAAUUCUUCGUCAAGGAGAGAUCCCUUUAGAGUACCUGGAGGAGCACAUUUCGCGUUUCAUCAAAUGCAAGAAAGGCUCCUCGGAGCGAAUUUGUCCAGAAAUACUCUCGUGACAAUCUAUGAGGGGAGCUAACUUUAAAAUAAGUUCAAGCAAAAAAUACUUUAAACCAUAAGAAAUAAUUUUUUCCUAUAUGCUUUAAAUUCUCCAAACUAACGUUAAGACACACCGACUAAGUUCUGAGGGAGAAUUUGCGAUUUCCUCUGGGAAAUUAUUUUGAAAUGUUUUCCCUUUGCAUGGAAGCAGAAGCAUAUAACCCUGGUUUCUGAGGAAAGGUAAUCAAAGUGUCCAGUGUGAACAAAAAUAUGAUGUCUGUAUUACACGGUAUUUGCUAAAAUACUUGCGUGUUGCAGUUCGUUUAAAAACAAUUUUAAUACUGGACACUGUGUUAGAAGCUUUGGAAUAAAGCCCUGGAGAUUCAUCGAAGGUAGAUUAAAAAAAGCUAGAAUAUGUUACACAGAGAUUCUAAAAAUAUAUAAUAUAAAUUAAAAGACUUAGUGCUGAAGAAACUUAAGAGAUCGGUAGACAGAUUAUAAUAAUGCGUUAAAGUCAUUCCUAAUGGUUGCAUGCACAGCUAUAUUGUAAAUAAUUACGCGUGUGAACAUUGGCGCGCAUAUCUUAGUUGUUUUAAAAGAACAUCGUGGGAUUUCGCGGUCGUUCUCGCCCCGCCGGCCGAUGUCAAAGUCAACAUUUACCCAUUCAAAGC